AUUCAUUAUAGAAUUCAUUUCAAAGAAAAUAGAAAUGAGGUUGGCCUCAUUACUCGCGGCCGCGCUCUUCCUCCGCCUAACGGCAGCACAAGGCGGCGUAUCUUUGUCGAAGCCGGGCUGCCGAGAGAAGUGCGGAAACGUCGUCGUUCCAUAUCCUUUCGGCAUCGGCAUGAACUGCAGCGCCGACAUACCUUUCACGAUCAUCUGCAACGAAACAUUCAAUCCCCCGAUCCCAUUCUUCAUGGUGCAAUUAGGGUUUGAAGAAGUGGUCGACAUCUCAUUGGCCACCAGAACAGUUACGGUGAUGCAGUCCGUCUCUCCCCUCAACUGCUCUAGAGAGAAAAAGCUGCGGCAGCUGGGGCAGCCCGUCGCCGGAUUCUCCUUCGCCACCUUCUCCAGCGCCUACAACAGAUUGGUCGUUGUCGGCUGCCAGAACGUAGUCUCCCUCCUCCCUUCCUACGGCGAAUGCAACCCCAUCUGCGGCGUCUCACCCAUCUGCAACGGAAUCAACUGCUGCCAGAACAUCAUCCCGCCGCGCCAGAGAGAAAUCGAGUUCUUCUACCGAAACGCCGAAGCCGACGACAGCGACGCCCUCACCUGCGGCUUCGUGUUCAUGACCGAUCAAAGAUGGAUCCUCAACGAUUACACAAAUCACACAAGCUUACACAACUUCUCGAAUCCGGUCAGCCGCCUCUCGUCGGAGCUCCGCGCGCCUCUGGUUCUCGACUGGGAAUUCGAGAUACCAUCUGCGAAAGAAGGGGUUCAGUGCAAGAUCAUCAAUGAUGCAAACAUGAAUAGCAGCACUACUGUAUGCUCUUGCAAGUCUGGUUUUGAAGGGAAUCCUUAUUUGAUCUGCCAGGAUAUAGACGAGUGCAAGAAUUCGACGUUGAAUACCUGCGAAAUCGGGACCACGUGUGUCAACACGAUUGGCUCAUUUUCAUGUCUAGGCGAUGAUAAAUACAGAAGAUCAUCACCCCAGCCGAGAGCAGUAAUCGUCGGUGUCGUCUCUGGGUUAGGUGCGUUGGUUUUGGUCGGAGCGGCGGCGGUGUUGUCUAAAGCAGCGCGGAAGAGAAUCAAAGCCAACCGCAAGAAGAAGUUGUUCGAGCGAAACGGUGGGCCCUUGCUGCUGUCUGAGAAAGUGACCUUCUUCGACUCGAAAGAGCUGGCGAUAGCGACGGAUCGGUACAAGGAGGAUCGGGUGCUCGGUCGCGGCGGGCAAGGCACGGUCUACAAAGGGAUGUUACGCGACGGAAGGGUCGUUGCGGUGAAGAAGUCGAAGAAGAUGGCGGAAUCCGAUGUGGGAGGAUUCAUCAACGAGGUGGUGCUGCUGUGGCGGAUCAAUCAUCGGCAUGUGGUGAAGUUGCUAGGAUGUUGUCUCGACACGGAUUUCCCUCUUCUCGUGUACGAGUUCGUCCCCAACGGCACGCUCUUCCAACACCUCCACGACGUAGGCGGCGAGUUCCCCUUGUCGUGGCGGAUUCGGGUGAGGAUCGCGGCGGAGGUGGCCGGAGCAAUUGCUUACCUGCACUAUUCAUCGUCGCUUCCUAUUUAUCAUAGAGACAUCAAGUCCAGCAACAUACUCUUGGACGAGAAGUACCACGCGAAGGUGUCGGAUUUCGGGACGUCGCGGUCGUUCGACGCGGAUCAGACUCAUGUGACGACGCGCGUGAUGGGGACAUUCGGGUACAUGGAUCCCGAGUACUUCCAGUCGAAUCAGUUCACAGAGAAAAGCGACGUGUACAGUUUUGGGGUGGUGGCGGUGGAGCUUCUGACGGGGGAGAAAGCGGUGACUGCGGCGGAGAAGGGUGAAGGAGGGAGGAGCCUCGUGGCGCAGUUCUUGCACGCGAUGCAGGGGGGUAAGCUGUUGGACAUUCUUGAUCCGGAGGUGGUGAGGGAAGGGAGGGCGGAGGAUGUGGCGGCGGUGGCGAAGCUUGCGAGGAGAUGUCUGAGUUUGGACAGUAAGCAAAGGCCGACGAUGAAGGAAGCGGUGAUGGAGUUGGAAGCGAUCCAGAUGGGGAAAGUGGUCGGGAAUCUGGAAACUUGGGAUGAAGAAACAGAGCUUGCAGCUAUCUCGAUUGCGGCUUAUGAUUCUUUGUUUAUCUCAGACACAACCAAUUUUAGCGCGACUACAGAAUCAUCAGAGUCUCCUUUUCUGGCUGGGAGUUCAUGAGCUCAACUAUUUCUGUUUUUGUGGGAGUUUUGCACAUCAGAUCCUCUCUCCCAUAAUUUAUUGUGUACCAUCUUGUCAACGAAGGUGGCCGCAUAGAGUUGGUGUGAGUAAGAUAGUGAAAAGUGAUUUUAGCGUGUAAAAAGUGAAAACUAGUAGUUAAGACGUAAAUUGUGCAUGUAUUUUGUGUGGAUAUUUUUUUUAAUGUUUUAAGUGGAGAAUAAAAUAAUAACA